ACGUUUAGCAAUGGAACCACGAAGGUCGACGGGUGAAACCGCCGACGUCCCUAGAAGGCUGGAAAAUUGCUCUCGGCUCCCAAUGGGGAGGUAAGGUGGAGCAGUGGAAAAGUAGAGCGCUGCCCGCACCGGCGUGAAGGAGGACCGGACUACCACUGCCUCUAGAUCCACUCCGUCUUGAGUUUCAGAUCACCUGCGGUGCACCCGAGAGGAUAGUGGAUAAACACACCUGAAGCUGUAGAUCACCACUGCCUGAGGAUUAGAUCCGGUGCCGCCUCCGCCCUGAAGCCGAGAGAAUACACGGUUAAAGCUCCCUCGACGGGAGUAGAGAAAUUGCGAGAUACCGGAGCCAUCCACUACUUGAUCAGCGAUCUAGGGAGGGGCCAAGGAAAGUGAGAUCUAUGGAGAUUGCUGCAGCGAUAGUCGGCGCCGUAGCUACCGCUGCUGCUACCAUCGCCGCGAAUAAGCUCAUGACGCUGGUGGGCAAUCGAUCAUGUGAGGCGGCGGUCAAGGAAAAAGCUGAGUCCAUCAAAUAUGAGGUCAAAUGUAUCAAUGCUCUCAUUAUUGAUGCUGCGUCGAAGCGGCUGUCGGUCUUACAGACUGAAUGCUUCGAACAACUGAGCUGCUUGGCAUGUGAAAUCGAAGACAUUUUAGACUUGUUCGACGCCGGCAAGACCAAAGGUUUUUCUGAUGAGAUUGAUAAACUCGAGAUCAAAUCACUUAAGACGAGAGAUCGGAUACACACAUAUCUGGGCAUAGGAGAAAUGAUUGCCCCUGGGACUCCAGAUGGGGCUGUAGAGAAGAGGAACCGUAUGUUGAGAUAUGUGGAGCCGGGACAAGGGAUUGUCGGUGGGGGUGCAGAAAGGCCUGAUGAGCUUCAAGGAGAGAUUCAGGAUAUUCUUGAUACCCCUUCCCUGCGGGGUUGGCUUGCCAAAGGCCCCAACUUCUUGCCAGGGACUUCACAAGGGGCUGCUGUUGUCCCCCAAGAGCUUCUGGAUCUUCUCGAGGACUCGAACCACCGUGUUUGGGUUGUUGAGAACUUCGACUGCUUGCUCUAUUUGUGCUUGUUUCGUCCAAAUCAUGAUGUCAAUACGAAGCCCCUGAUGAGGAGAUGGGCGGCUGAAGGACUAGUGCAAGGAGACAAAGACGCAGCUAAGAAUUUGCGCUUCUUGAUCGACAAAAGUAUCAUCAGAUCCAUCCACACAAGCAACAAUGGAGAGGUGGAGACAUGCCAAUCUACCACCCAGAUGCACGCGUGCAUCUCUCAGAAGUCCAAGUCCCAGAAUUUUGUAAUGGUGUUUGACGGUGCGGCCAGUAUAACAGAUCUGGCCGUGGCCCGCAGGCUAUCUCUGCAUCCUAAAGCACGUGUCGAACUGGAAGAGACUCAUGAGUUACCUCGUCUCCGGACCCUGGCGGUAUUCCUUGAUGAUGAUGUGAGUGUAGACAACUAUGAAGCUGUUUUUGAUUUUUCCAGGUAUAAAGUGCUGCGGGUGUUGGAUCUGAAAGAAUGUGCUCCCUUGAGUGAGAAACAUGUCAAGGAUAUCAUGAGCAAUCACGGGCAGCCGCUGAUGAAAUAUCUGAGCAUCAAUUUGGGCAGCAUUGAUGAAAUUUCAAGCUCAAUCAAGAACCUGAAUCAGUUAGAGACACUGGACCUGAGUGGAACCGAAACAGUGGCCUUCUCCCAAGAAGUCCUCCUGCUGCCCAAACUGAAGCACCUUCUCGGGAAGUUCCAGUUUCACUUGAGGGAGAGCAUGACGACUCACUCGGGUCUAAGGGAGUUCCUGGCAAACAAGAGUAAACUGGAGACGCUGGAAGGAUUUGUCACCGGUUCGAGAUAUGGAUUUCAAGAUCUGAUGAGUUUCAUGAAGAGUUUGCGCAAGGUGAAGAUAUGGUGCAAAUCCGACGCAAGUCAAGCAAAACUUGAUGUGCUAUCUAGCGCCAUUACCAAGUUCAUUCAUCGUGGGAUCAAUGAGUCUCAAUGCAGUCGGUCCUUAUCGAUCGACUUUGAAGCCUGCACGAGAGGAUUCGUGAAUGAAAUAGACCCAGUAAACGCCAGCACACUCGGCCGGGUCGAGCUGUGCGGCAAACUGAGCGAAUUCCCUCCGUUCGUUGCAGGGUUGAGUCAAGUAGUGGAGCUGUGCCUCUGCUCCACUGGACUGAGCUGGGUGGCUAUUCGUGAGGGGCUGAAAAAUGUGAGGGGACUGAAAUUUCUCAAGCUUGUUGAAGAUAACCUUGGGCACUUUGACGUCGACAUACCUGAGAAGGAAGCUGAUCACCUCAGGAGCAUCCAGCGGAUAACAAUCGUGUCCUCGCUAAGGCUAGACAUGACAAUCCCAGAUAAGGCGCUGCCACUUCUUGUGUCACUUCGAAUCCUCUGUCAAGCUCUGGAUGUUAGUCCUGCAACUUCCGGUGUCAACAUCAGCCACAUGAAAGAGCUGGAGGAAAUCGCGCUGCAUCUUGGCGUCGACACUGCAAUAAGAACUGAAUGGGAAGAAGCUGCAAGUGUCCAUCCUCAUAAGCACGUGGGCGUCACUGAAGGCCCCUGAUCAACAAUGCAUACUUCAUCAAACAAGCGCAAAUCAACAAUGGACCCAGCCCCCGCUUCGCUGACUGGAUCGAUCUGCGCAACAAGAAGCUGGAUCCUUCUUCAAUUGCCCCGUUGUGUGAUGGUUUUACUGCAAUAAAAGGUUUCAAUACCAACUGUUGUUCGAUUUCCGAUUUCCAAGUUAGUCGUGUGCAUUGAAUUGUUGUAUUCCCCCCCCCCCCCCCCCCCCC